AUGCCAACCACCAUCGCUGCCCUACCCACCGAACUCCACGAGCAAAUUCUCCACCAUAUCCCCUGGCAUGAUCACUUCCUUGCCGCCAGUGUUCUCCCAGUCUGGGCUUCUCUCUUACAAACCACGCCGUUCCGUCAAAAGCGUCAUUACGAUGACCUUCGAAACCUCUGGCAUUUUACACCGUCAAGCUGCGUUUCCGGGUUUAUCUUCAACCAGACGGCCCCAAAACGUCGGGGAUUGAAGGAUGUGGCUUCAAAGCUACAUUUACAUGCUUUACUCGACAGAGGUGCACUAGAAGUCAGCAUGGAGAGAAACGGCAUGCCAAAGAUAGUUAUGAAUAUCCCAAAGCCCGAGCAAACAUGGUCGGACCAGCUGCCUCAAAAGGAAAACGGAGAGGGGAACAAAGAAGAUUCAAGGCCAGGGGAGGAUUCGAAUUCAUUGCACUCCGACUUCUCAUCAUCCGAUGACCCCGAGCUCUCCGUUACAUCCUACAAUAUCACAUCUUCACCUUUACUCCUCUCGGACACGGUGGUCUAUACCAUAGGUCCUAACAAGGACUAUCCGGUAUUCGACGACCGUUUCGCACCACAACCGCAUAGUUCAGAAAUCUACGGGAAUACAAUAGUACUUUUCGAAGUACCGUUGGACUAUCCAUCCUUGUUAGGUAACGAGAAGCCUCAAAGCUUGAUGGGGAUAAUAGAGGAUGUUGUAAUUUAUAUGAAUGGUUGUUUUGAAACUGAAAGGAAUGCGGAAUGGAUGAGGGCAGUUUUUGCGGGGUUUGGGAAGACACAUCAUACGGAUGAGGUGCAUUUUGAAAUACGAUAUGGAAAGUAG